AUUUUCGGUUUUAACUCGGAACUCAUAUUUGAAGUCGUGAAAAUCAUAAACUCAGGGAGGUAAAAACAACUGAACAAGCUCUUUGUUUGUGAUUUAGAAACGAUAGUGGGGCGUAAGAGUAAAAAGGCUAUGGAGGGAGGCGAGGAAUCUAACAAGAAUGGGAAAGGCGAAGUGAAGAAGAUAACAAAACCCCCUUUCAGACCCGCAAAAGAUGACACAAAGCCACUUCUUCAAGACCCAAUACUCAGAUCAGACCCAAUUGAGACUGAGGAAGCUCUCCUGCGCUUGCCUCCUUUUCCUAUUUCUAAACCCAAAUCUCAAAUUCAAUGAAUUUACUCUAUUUAUUUGGGCAAGAAAUCUGUUUCUAUGAAAUUUGACUCUUCUGAAAAAACCCUUUUUACCAACAACUAUAUAUUCUCUCUACAAAAUAUUACUAUGGCUAGUUUCUUGUCCUGUUAUCGUAUUGUGCUGUUACUAUCUUCCAUUUA